CGGAGGUAAAACAAAACUAUUUUUACUUAGAUACUGUGCUGUCGGGAAAAAUGGAUUUAAGCACAGAUACUCUACAAAAAUAUGUUACAUAAUGGUAAAUAAUACCUAAUACAACUGCUUAUAUGCAUUUACUGAGGAUAUAUUCACACGCUUUGGUGACAACCUUCAAAGAAAAAUAAUAAUCACAGUUGUCCUUUAUUUUUGAAAGAAUUACCGGAAAUCGAGCUUGUUGAAAACAUUUAAACUCAACUGUCAAAUGUAGUCAGACGUGGAGAAAUGACAGCAAAGCAGUGAGAGUACAGACAAUAUACGGAACAUCCCGCCAUGAAACAUGAGGAUUUCCAUUCUGACUUCCAGACCUGUGCUGUCACCACGGAAUUACCGAGAUGCAUCCUGGGCUAAAAUGACACUGUGACAUCUCAAAAUCAGUUAGAACGACCAAAAGGGUCCCUUGACGACCGCGUGAGGGGACGACGUUAGAUUGGUCACUGUUUGGCCGUGAUUUGGUCUGUCAGAGACGGGUUCCUCAGAAUGCCUGGAAACAUGACACCGAUACCCGUCCUUCCGCUGAUCAUCAACUCUUUCAUGUCAGCUCUGGGCUGCAUGGCAACUCUCAAACUCAUCCCUGCUUUCAAAGAUCAUUUCAUCUCAGCGCGACUGUACGGGAUGGACCUCAACAAAACAGUCAAGAAAGAAGUACCAGAGUCUCAAGGAGUCAUCAGUGGAACAGUCUUCCUCAUCAUCCUCUUCUGCUUCAUCCCGGUGCCUUUCCUCAGCUGCUUUGUGGGAGACCAGUGCUCGGGCUUCCCACAUGAUGAGUUCGUACAGCUGAUCGGUGCACUUCUGGCCAUCUGCUGCAUGAUCUUCCUGGGCUUUGCUGACGACGUGCUCAACCUGCGAUGGAGACAUAAGCUCCUCCUUCCCACCAUGGCCUCCCUGCCGCUGCUUAUGGUGUACUUCACCAACUUUGGCAAUACGGUCAUCGUGGUGCCCAAACCCUUCAGGGCCCUGCUGGGACUGCAUUUGGAUCUCGGUAUCCUCUACUAUGUUUACAUGGGAAUGCUUGCCGUGUUCUGCACAAACGCCAUCAACAUCUUAGCAGGCAUCAACGGCAUCGAGUCGGGUCAAGCGCUGUUUAUCUCCGGCUCCAUCAUCAUCUUCAACCUGCUGGAGCUCAGCGGGGAUUACCGUGAUGACCAUGUUUUUUCCCUCUACUUCAUGAUACCAUUCUUCUUUACCACAUUAGCACUGUUUUACCACAACUGGUACCCCUCAUCUGUGUUUGUGGGAGACACGUUCUGCUACUUUGCUGGAAUGACCUUCGCCGUAGUUGGCAUCCUGGGACACUUUAGCAAAACCAUGCUGCUCUUCUUCAUUCCUCAAGUGGUAAACUUUGUCUAUUCCUUGCCCCAGCUUUUUCACGUGGUCCCCUGUCCAAGGCACCGACUCCCCAGACUGAAUCCAGACACUGGAAAACUGGGGAUGAGCUACUCUAAAUUUAAGAUGAAAGACCUCUCAAAACUGGGAAACCUUAUUCUGAAGGUGGCAGAGUUACUGAGGCUGCUCGAGGUGCGGCGAGGUCAGGAGGGAGAUGAGGAUUUUAUCGAAUGCAACAACAUGACUUUAAUCAAUCUAGUUCUAAAAGUCCUGGGACCCAUCCAUGAGAGAAAUCUCACAGUCAUCAUGCUCAUGAUUCAGGUUAUGGGGAGUGCAAUGGCUUUUGGGAUCCGCUAUCAUCUGGUGCGCCUCUUCUAUGACGUCUAGGCAACUCUCAAAGACAGGAGGGAAAAUUGACUGGGGAAAAUCUCAUGGUUUGAAGCCUUUGGGCUUGCUGUUCAUCUGCCUUUUGAUAGGUUCCAUUACCUCACUGUGACUUUGCUUCCUCUGACUGAAUCUGCAGCGAAGGCCCGGUGCGAUGUUAAAAACGAUGCGAUCAUUUCAAGCAUGAACGGAGAACUGUCUGACAGCAGCAGCAGGAGUGGGUGUCAGUGGGACAGGCAGGACAUGCAGCUGAGCUUUGGACAUCUCACGUGUCUAUCUUGAAAGUAUAUUUUUGUACUUCUUUUUAAAGUGAGAGUACAGUUAGAGGGGUCAAUUUUUCCUCGCCAAACUGCUUCUAAAACCCUGACCAAUUGGUAACAUAUGGACUUAAGUCCUCUUGAGCGAAAAAAACAAGGUAGAAAUAUUAUUUUUUGGUGCACUGUGUGAAUCUGCUGUAGAUGCAAAAAUGGCCAUGAGAGCAUUUAUUCAGUCACUCUUGCAUGGAUACUAAGCUGAGUAGUAUGAAUGUAAAAGUGAAGAUCAUUUGGUCGUUUUCUCUUUUUUUGGUUUCGCUUUGUUAUUUCUCUUUUACCUCUAAACAACCACACAGGAUUAUCAUUAUGAAUAGAGGCACUGACAGAUAAGAAGGUCAUAGUCUACCUGAGGGACAUUACAGAUGAGUAAAGGUGUUUUAGAGGGAGAUGACAUGGUGAGAAGUAUGAAUUGUGGUGAAGGGUUUCCUAAUAGGAGAAUGAGCUCAGCAGAAAUUGUGACAACCAACUGGCGCUUGACUCUUUUCUUAUAGAAUGUAACUGCAAGAAAGAUUAAAUAAAAUUGAAAAAA